UCUUGCCUUCGCUGGUGCGGACAAUUUUUUGAAUCGACACAGCAGCGUCAGCCCCCACCAGAAGCCUGCUGGCCAUUUGUGCAGAGGUUGACAAACCUGCGACAGGUGAACUGGGCAGGAAAUGGCUCAUGUAUUUUCUGAAGCCGGGUGCAGCUCCGCACGCCACACGAGUUGAAACUCGUUUGACGUACGGUUACAGAACGUCGAGUUGCUGAUUUCUUUUUAGAGAAAACUCGCUGAUCGAAAAACUACCUUGGCUGGCUGACCUGCGGAGCCCAAACGCAGCCAUGAGUGGAAUACCUGUUCCAGGUGCAUCCAAGUUGCGCGCUCCCGCCAGCAAAUUGCAGGGAGCGAGCAAGAUUCAGAAGCCUGGGACGUCCGCUGGCGCUGAUGGCAAGCCAGCAGCGGCAGACAAUGGCAAGAAAAUUUCUGGCAUCGCAACAGCAUCCGGGAAGGGUUUACCCGCGCCGGGUGCGAAGAGCGCGACGGCGAUGCCUGCCACUCCGCGUAAGACGGCGACGGCUGUACAACCUGCAGCAGUGAAUCAGCAAUCUGCACUGGCCGUCGGAGAUACAGUGAUGACCGGGGGGAAGCGCGGCGUCGUGCGCUUCCUGGGAACGACGAGCUUUGCGCCCGGCGAGUGGGCAGGAAUCGAGCUGUUUGAGGCGCAGGGUAAGAACGAUGGCACGGUAAAGGGUGACCGGUACUUCAAGUGUGCCGCCAAUCACGGCCUCUUUGCCAAGCCAGACAAACUGGAGCGAGUGAGUGGUGACGGCAGUGGCGGCAGCAGCGCUAGAUCGUCGUCCGCGGUAAUGGCACCGCCCGCCACCCCUGCCGCUUCCAAGACAGGGUCGUCACGCGUUGCCGCGGCGACUGCUGCGGGCGUCAAGCCGUCGCCGGCGGCAGUGGCUGCAGUACGCACGCCAGCCCGCAAGCAGUCCAUGUCGUCGGCGGCCAAGGUCGGCGAUCGCGUGUCCGUGGGCGGCACGAAGCGCGGCAUCGUGCGCUUCGUGGGCAUCACCGACUUUGCCGCCGGCCAGUGGGUGGGCGUGGAGCUGGACAAAGGCGAGGGGAAGAACGACGGCAUGGUGCAGGGAAAGCGCUACUUCAAGUGCCCUGCGAAUCACGGCCUGUUCUCGCCGCUGCACAAGGUGGAGGUGCUGGAAAGCGGCAGCUCGCCGAUGAGCCGCACCUCCAGCCAGAUCGACAUCUCUCGCACGGGCAGCAGUGCUGGUGUGGCCGCAGUGCACAUGGCUGGCGCAGCGGCUGUGGCUGCUGCAGGUGCUGUUGCACCCACACCCUCGCCAGAUGCGGUGGAGUUGGGAGGGCAACUGGAGUCAAUGGUCGAGUCACUGCGCGAGCAGUUGGAGACGAGCGAGAAGGAGCGGCAGUCGCUCGUGGCCAAGCUGAACGAAGAGGAGAGGAAAGUUGAGGACAUGCAGUUCAAGUUCGAGGAGCAACUCGUUUCGGCCGGUGACUCAUCAGGUACUGGCGACAAUGCCGCCCUGCAGCAGCUGGAGGCCGAUCUUCUAUCGGCACGCGAGCAGCUGACCACAUCGGAGGAGAUGAGAGAACACUUGGAGCAGCGGAACGAGACCCUCGCCGAUCAGUUGGAGCGCCUCCAGGCGGUGGAGCCCGCACAGCCUGCCGAAGACUCAGGUCCACUCCAUUCCCAGAUUACCGAGCUCCGGUCCCAGCAGGACGAGACGCUUGCCCUCUGCGACACGCUGCGCUCGCAGCUUGAUGCGGAGAAGGCCACGGCGGCGAGCACGCAGGAGCUUCUCUCGCAGAGCACGGCAGUGGCCGAGGAGAAGUCCCAGUCCGCCGCGGCUCUCUCCAACCAGCUGGCGUCGCUGCGCGCCGAUCUCGACGCCAAGACUGCCGAGCACAGCGCCUCGAUGGCCGCCAUGGCUGGUGACAGCGGCGAGCAGACACGUGUGCUGCGUGACCAGCUGGAGGCGCGAACUGCAGAGCUGCGAGGUGCUCGCGACGAGUGCGAGCAGGAGCGCACGACGGCGCGCGAGGCGAGCGCGCGAGUGCAAGCACUGCAGUCGCAGCUGAGUGACACCGAAGGCCAGCGGACGGCCCAGGCGGCUACUGUUCAAGACCUUCAGGCUCGGCUUGACGAGGCCGAGACCCGGCAUAGCAAUGCCGACGAACACACGUCAACGCUCAACACGCAACUCGGCGAAGUACGUCAAGAACUCACCGAGCUGCAGAACACUCUCACUGCGCGCACCACCGAACUCGAAGAAGCCAAAACCGAACGUCAGCAAGCCGCCGACGAAUGCAAGUUGCUGUCCGCAACGGUGGCUACUCGUGCCGAAGAGCUGUCCGCACUGCAGGGCCGUGUAGAUAGUGCUAGUGCCGAGACUCAAUCUCAGUCUGCCGAACUGCUGCAGCAGCUGGCCAAGGCUGAUCAAGACCGCCACACGCUGCGACAGGAACUCACGCUUCACCAGCAAAACCUUUCAACGUCAGAGGCGCAAGUCACAGACUUGAACCAGCAGCUCACGGCGACGAAAUCGGAGCUGGAAACGCGCCGAACGUCGGAUGCUGCAACCAUCUCGGAAAGGGACGAACGCAUCGACGGUCUCACCAGGAGCCUUCGCCAGGCCGAGGACAAAGCAUCGGAGGAUGCCACUCUGGCCGCCAGCAGACUGCAGAGCGUGACCGGCGAGUUUGAGGCUCGUAUAUCCCGCUUGAGCGGCGACAGUUCCGAGCAAGUGCAGCGCAUCGAGGAGGAACUUAAGACCAGCCGUGCGGAGCUGCGCGUAAUGGAGGACCAGGCACGCGAGCUAAACCAGCAGAUCUCAGCUAAGGACGAAAACACCGGCGAGCUACAGCGCCAGCUGGCGGAUCACGAGGCACGCACCCUGUCGGCGACCGGUCUUCAGGACAGCCUCGAGACGAGUCUGGGCGAAGAGCGCGGCAAGUACGCGGAGCUGCAGUCGUCGCUGCGCGGCCUGCAGAAGGAGCACGACGCGCUGCGCAGCUCUCUCGCCGAGAAGCAGGGUGAGAUCAUCACCGUCCAGACGCACGCCAACUCGCUCACCUCCGACCUGCAGAACGCCUCGCGACAGCUGGCCGCCAGGACUGCGGAACUCGCUGCCGCGCAGGAGAGCGGCAGCUCCAGGCAAGCGGAGCUCGAGGAGCAACUGCGGGCAUCACAGCAGAACACUCUAGGCUUGCAAGACUCUCUACAGCAGGCACGGCUCACGGCCGAGCAACACAGCGCAGCCAAGAGUCAGCUGGAAAGCAGCCUGUCGCAACUGCAGCAACAGCUCCAACAGCAGACCGACCAGGGUGAUCAGCUGGCUGCUUCGCUGAGCACAGCACAGGCUGAGCUCGUCGAGGCCAGGCAAUCUCACUCGGCCGUGUCAGCGUCGAUAUCACAGCUGCAGCAGGACAAGGCUGACCUGCAGGAGCAGUUGGACGAGUUGACCAAAGCCUCCGGUAGCACGUCUGACCAGGUGACCUAUCUGAGUGGAGAGAUACGCGAGCGCGAUGCGGCUAUCGACAGCCUGCGCUUCGAGAAGGCCGACGUCGAGCGGCAGCUGAGCGCGGCGCAGGCGGAGGCUGCGGCCACAUCGAGCGCGCACCUCGCCGCCGUGCAGAGAGAGCGUGACGGCCGCGAGCUGGCCGUCGCGCAGGCAGAGGCACGCGUGGCGGACGCCGAACGCCAGCUGCAGACGGUGCGAACGAGCCUCGACCAGCAGCUCGCCGAGGUGCGUGCCGACUUGGCCAGGGAGCGAGAACGUGCUGGCGAUGCCCAGGCAAAUGCUCACCAGCAGAUGCUGGUGCUGCAGGAGAACUGCAACGACAGCCAGGCACAGUGCGGUGCUCUGCAGGAGCGUAUCCGCCAGUAUGAGAGCGCUCAGGCCAAUCUCAGAUCCGAAAGUGAUCAGCUGAGGGACCUGCUAUCGUCCGCUCAGGCAGAGACCGCAUCGCUGAGGGACGAUCGCGCGGCCAUGACGGAGAAGUUCGACGCGCUCAUCGCCGACCGGGAGAUUGUCAUCGGCGAGCGGCGUCACCAGGAAGAGGAGCUGCAAGCGGCGUUGCGCAAUGUCGACGGCUUGAAAACGCACAACGACGGCCUGCAGUCGCACCUCAAAUCCACCAUCAUCGAGAAGGACAAUGUUACGAGGGAUCUGCAAGCUCUGACGGCGCAGCACGACCUGUCACGUGAUGAAUGCAGAUCGUUACAGUCGCAAGUCACACUGCUGGAGCAGAGUGUGGUGGAUUCGUCUGCACGCGCGGCUGCUGUCAGCGAGCUACACGUCAGCGUCUCAGAAGAGCGUGACAUCAUCACAGGACAACUUGAAUCGAGCAAUCUGGCCCUAGAACAAGCCAACGCUGACCAGGCCAAACUCCGGCAGGAGAAAAGCGACAUGUCGACCCAACUCAGCGAGGUCGAGCAGGCACGAGCGCAACUCGCAAUGGACAACAGUGCUCUGGAGGUGCGAGCGUCGAGCGCCGAGCACGCAUUGAAUGAGGUGCAAGGCCAGUUGACGAGCGCGAGGUCCUCCAUGGCAGGCGGCAGCCAAGAACUGGGCGAGCUCCGUCAGCGGCUCAGUGAGGCGUCCAGCAGGCUACAGCAAGCAGAGCAGCAGCGCGAACAGCUCACGUCGGACAUGGUAGCUCUGCAAUCACGAGCAUCGACCGCAGAACAGGGUCUGAGCCAGGCAAGAGAGGAACUAUCAACGGUGCAAUCAGCCAUGGCCGGCGGCAGCCAAGAACUGGCAGAGCUUCGUCAGCAGCUAACCGAAUCCUCUAGCAAGCUACGUCAAGCGGAGCAAGAGCGUGAGCAGCUCGCGUCCAACGUGGGAGCUCUGGAAUCACGAUCGUCGAGUGCUGAGCAGGCCUUGAGCCAGGCGAGAGAGGAACUGUCCACUGUGCAAUCUGCCGCAGCUGGCGGCAGCCAAGAACUGGGCGCACUCCGUCAGCAGCUCACCGAAUCAUCCAACAAGCUACGACAAGCGGAGCAGGAGCGCGAACAGCUCUCGUCAAACAUGGGUGCUCUGGAAUCACGGGCAUCGACCGCAGAGCAGAGUCUGAGCCAGGCAAGAGAGGAGCUAUCAACGGUGCAAUCAGCCAUGGCCGGAGGUAACCAGGAGCUGUUGUCGCUACAGAUGACGCAUGCCAGUGUUGAGCAGGAACGCGACUCUCUGCGCUCCGAUGCCGAGGCCACGUUGACUCGACUCGCCGACUCUGAGACGCGGCUGCAUGCAGCCGAGGCUGAACUGAGCUCGUCGCGGUCGCUAGUCGAGGAGUUACAGCGUGAUCUUGCGGCUAGCACAGCAGCUACCGAUCAGCAGGCCGGGUCCGCCAUGGCCGUUCAAGAGCUGGAGAUGGAGCUGAGAGUGGCCCGGCAGUCUGCAGAGCUCUCGCAGAGUACUCUGGCCGACAAGGAGCGGGCCAUCACCAAGGCUCGGCAGGAGAACAGCCGCCUACUGGAGAGUCUGCAUCAGACGCAGAGCAGCGAGGAUGCACUGCGCGUCGACCUGCAGACGACCAGGAAGCAGCUGCAUACGGCACAGCAGGAAGUGGUCGCAGCAGCGGCAGCAAGCACAGCGAUGACGUCUACCGCAAGCUCUGGAGUGACACGCGCAUCUCCAGACGGUGGUGACUCGUCACAUGACGCGCUAGCAUCCGAAAAUGCCGAUCUCUCGUCGCAGGUUGACUUCCUCAAUGGAGUAAUUGUAGAUCUACAGCGGAAGUACGAAGAGAAGCGCAAGACGAUCGAAGCGCUGGAGGAAGCCGGCAUUGACAUCAACAGCUUUGUGGACAAUGACGAUUCGUUGGCUGCUAUCCAAUUCGCCGUCAGUAACGAGGAGGCCCUUUCCAAUCGCCCCGAGCGUCUGUUCUGCGAUAUCUGUGAUGUAUUUGAUCAGCAUGACACGGAUGAUUGUCCAACACAGGCUGCUGAACCCGAGCCCGUAGCUGAGUCACAGAACCGCGUUUCACGGCACGUUGAGCGACCAUUCUGUGACUCAUGCGAAGUGUUUGGCCAUUGGACUGACGACUGCAAUGAAGAUGAGACAUUUUAGAUGCUCCACCGUCUUCUGUCGAUGGAGCCGUCUUCUGUGGAUGGAAUCGUCUUCUGUGGAUGGAUAUUCAGCGGCGAACCUGCUGCUCCAGUCCAGCUACAGGCAGCUUCCAGCUGAACGGUGCCUAACGCCUUUUUUGGUAUUCCGCUGUCUGAUGCUGACGGUUUGUGCCUGUGAGCUGUGUGUGCGUACUGCCUGCUAGCCCUGCAGUGCCCCCGUUCCCACGUCGUUCCUGCACACUAUGUUCUGUUCAGCGUGUGGAUACUUAAGCUUGCUACCAAGAACUGGUAGCUGUACCGUUCGAAAACACUUUUGAAUGAAAGGUUUUCGUUUUUUACAUAACGCUCGGAAGGCCCACUGCGAAAAACCUACAUGAUAGUUUCAUAUUUACCAGGUAUAGAUGGAAAGUAUUUUUUUGCUUUUACGAAUUAUUUUUGUUGGCAUCCGUGCAGCAUACACUCCGCUAUGCGUACAUCACCAACAUGCACUUGUACAUAUCAAUCUAGCUAAACCUGAGCUAGAAGAAGCGGCUACAUACUCGUACCGUGCGAUGAGCUGAUUCGCUUUGCGAUCUCUGCGUCCCUCCAAUCUUGGCUUUUUUGAGGGAAUUCGUCGUGUGCCGUGCGAUGAGCUGUCUCGCUUGCUAUCUCAGCGCGUUCCUUUUGUUCUUGGUUUUUCAAGGGCUUUCCCUGCUGGCUGCCCGUGCUGUCGUGCAAGGUGGUUUCUCGUAUGCUUGUCUUCGAUGCUAGGGUAAUGUGUGUUCUUUCUCUCUCUCUCCCUCUCUCUCUCUCUCUCUCUCUCUCUCUCUCUCUCUCUCUCUCUCUCUCUAUCUCUCUCUCUCUCUCUCUCUCUCUCUCUCUCUUUCCUCUAAUUAUCCGCCUUUCCUUUAUUUCGUGCUUCAUCUGUGCUCAAAAGUUUUUUUACUCUUUUUGUACACUUAGGACCUUCGGAAAACCAUAUUUUUACCAAACCCUUUUAGAAUAUCAUGCCGAAUGGCAACAUCUGC